AUGAAGGGUUUGAUUCCUAAUGCCGGAUGGGUAGUAGACCGGUUGGUGGAUAAAUCCGCCGACAGUUUCUCGACUUUGAAUGUACAAAUACUGAGAAGCUGGAAUCUCCUCUGGCCCCAUUCACUAAGCUACCAUAAGCACAAGGGCCACCAGCGCUCACUAGUCGGGCUCUCCAACAAGGAGAAAUGUGGUGAUAAACGGCCUUCCUCAAUGGAGGUUUUUGCGAUCGCCGUCUUAACCCACCAAGAAAUGACCAAGGUUGAUCGGGAAAAUAAGCAUCGGUCGGAUGAGAGUCGGUCGGACGAGUGCUACUUUACUUUCCCGAAUUUAGUAUUUCUGAUGGACAAAUUUGGCGGAUGCCGUAUGUUCCAAUCCUAUUUUGAUGGCAAGUUUCAUGUCCAAUUCUCGGAGCUCCUAGAUCUAGUAGGACAUAUGAUUGCUGUGCCUGCUUACGGGGAAAAGUACUUUGAUAUUGUUGACAGAAAAGACUUUCUGAAAAGACUUUCUGGAGAAGUUGAACCUGCUUCUCAAAUGGGCAUGGCCUAUUCCACAAUGAAAUACCGUUGCGAAUAUUCCAAAAAUCUGUGGCAAUUGAUUUGCUGGGAUUGUUUUCCUUCGCUGAUCUUGCUGGAUAUCUUGGUUUGCUUAUUUCAAGGUUGA